AUGUCAGUCGACAUUGAGUGGAUGGAGAUUGUUGGUGACCUCAAAGAGGUCAUCAAAGACAAGAAAAGGCCGGAAUUUGACCAUGUUGCCACUCACCGUCUUGAGCUAUGGAAGGUCGACCUGCCUAUCGACGAGAUGAUUGAGCACAAUCUCAACAAUCUUACACUUGACCCAAUGAAAUCCCUAUCACCUGUGGAUGAAAUGGUAGAGAUUUUUCCCGAUGCUCCUCCGCGCAAGUAUCUGCAUAUUAUUAUCCAAUGCCCGCCCGCCAUCGACGUUGAGCGGACGAAGACCGUCAGUGACCUCAAAAAUGUUAUCAAGGUCGCUAAGAAGCCAGAGUUUGACCAUGUUGCUGCUGACCAUCUUGAGCUAUGGAAGGUCAAGAUCAAUUGGAACAAUAUAGACUUACGGAACACGAUCAUAGACAGAGGUGUCGAGCUGCACCCGUUAAUUGAGCUGUCCGAUGUGUUUGCAGAUGGAAUAGAGUGCGGAUCUGUUGAUCGGCAAAUCACUUAUCUCAAGAAGGGCGCGGGUACUCCGUAG